UAUUGAGUUGUCCCUUUUAGGUUUUAGGAAGCUUUUGGAAUUUUGAAGUACGGACAGUCUAAGCAUGUGUUUUCUAUCUGCUGCUGACAAACUUGCUUGCAAGCAGUUGUGUGUAAUCCUGUCUGAUAUGCUCUGUGUUCCUGUAAGACAAACUUUCUCGGAGAAAAAUGUCUUCCCAGCUUCAGAGUGUGAUGGAGAGUCUGAUCGCGGUAUUUCACAAAUACUCUUCUAAGGAGGGAGACGAGCACAAGCUGAGUAAUGCAGAAAUGAAGAGCCUGCUGCAAAAUGAGCUUCGCGAGUUCCUUGCUGUGAGCCAGGAUCCAAUGUUUGUGGAAAAGCUCAUGAAUGACCUGGAUGAGAACCGUGAUGGUGAAGUGGACUUUAAGGAAUUUGUUGUUCUGGUGGCAACACUGACUGUUGCAUGUAAUGAGUUUUUCGUGGGUAAGACAAAGAGAUGAGAACACUGUGCUCCAGCUGUUCAAUCUGCCUUAAUAAAUAUGUUUGAUACUUGA